UGUGUAAGCCUUAGUUUAGUUUCCUUGUGUUUUGGAUUUAAAUAGGAGUCCUCCCUCUUUCUGUCCGUUUGUCAUCUCUCUCGUCAACAAUGGUCCAUAUCGUCUUCUUCCUCCUCCUCUCUCAACUGUCCCUCUCUUUCUUCCAUGUUUCGUUUGCUUCUGCAGAUCAUCAACAGUCCAAUCCAUUCACCGCCAAAGCUUCUCUGCUUCGCUACUGGAACUCCCAUGUCUCCAACCAACUUCCGCCGCCUGAUUUUCUCUUCUCCAAAGCCUCGCCACUCUCCGCCGUCGACGCCGCCGUGCUAGCCCAGCACGCCGCCCGAGGCUCACUCUCGUUUCGUUUGGAAUCAUUCUGUUAUUCUGCCAAUUUGUUCUGUUCCUUUGAUUCCGAAACGGAAAUUUCCGUUCCCCGUUUGAAGGACGCCGAUUUCAAAUUGUAUGGAAACAAAAAUUUCGUGAACUAUGGCGGAGCUCGACUCGGUGGUACUGACUCGUUCAAGAAUUAUUCCGAUGGGUUGAACACGGCGGAUCACUCGUUUAAGCGCUAUGGCGGAAACUCGAGUAAUCACGAGGAAGGAUUCACGAACUACGCGGAGGAUGGUAAUGUGGCGAACUCUAAUUUCAUUAGUUAUGCUACUGAGUCAAAGGGCGGUUCUGGUGAGUUCGUGAACUAUGAUAAACUCGUCAAUGUGCCGAAUCUCCGCUUCACGGCUUACGAUUUGAACUCCAGAAAUCAUAAGCUCUCGUUCACUGGUUAUGGAAACGAGACGAAUUCCGGGAGUCAGACGUUCACGAGCUAUGGUAAGAAGGGCAAUGGCGUUCCGCAGGAAUUCAGUAGCUACUCCGAUGGCUCGAAUAUUCUCACAUCGACAUUCACUGGCUACGGUGAGUCAGGGAAGACUGCGAAUGAUUCGUUCAAGGGGUACGGUGUCUCCGGCAACAAUCCACACACGAACUUCAAGAACUACGGCAAGGGCGGAAACUCGGAGAUCGAUACAUUCUCGAAUUACAGAAACGGAGCGAACGUCGGCGACGACAGUUUUCAGUCGUACGCGAAGAAUUCAAACUCCGGGAGAGUGAACUUUGCAAAUUACGGAAAAUCUUUCAACCAUGGAAACGAUUCAUUCACAGAAUACGGUAAAGGAUCGAUCGGGCGAACGACGGUGGGAUUCAAAAGCUACAGCGUUGAUCGGAACUUCACGACGUACGCACAGAAAGGCGUAUCGUUUUCGGAAUACAGCAAUUUCACGACGGCGACGGGGAGUGGCAUUCACGUAAAUAAAUUGGUAGAACCGGGCAAAUUCUUUAGAGAGUCUGAAUUGAAGCAGGGGAAUGUCAUGGUGAUGCCGGACAUCAGAGACAAAAUGCCACCGAGAUCAUUCCUUCCCAGGCCUAUUUUGGUAAAUUUACCCUUCUCCUCCUCAAGAAUCUCAGAAGCCAAGGAAAUCUUCCACGCGCGAGAUGGUUCGACAAUGGAGCGCGUGAUCACCAACGCGCUAGGGGAAUGCGAGCGUGCGCCGAGCCCAGGCGAGACGAAGCGGUGCGUUGGUUCGGCAGAAGACAUGAUAGACUUCGCCACGACGGUGUUGGGGCGGCGCGUGGUGGCUAGGACGACAGCGAAUGUGAAUGGGUCAAGGGAGAAGGUGGAAAUCGGGACAGUGAAAGGAAUCAACGGUGGAGAUUUGACGAGUUCGGUAUCAUGCCAUCAGAGUUUGUACCCGUACUUACUGUAUUACUGUCACUCAGUCCCGAAAGUCCGUAUUUACGAAGCUGAUAUCUUGAGGCUGAAAACGAAGGAAAAGAUCAAUCGUGGGGUUGCCAUCUGUCAUAUGGACACGUCAUCGUGGGGCCCAGAGCACGGUGCAUUCGUGGCGCUUGGGUCCGGUCCUGGUCAAAUUGAAGUCUGUCAUUGGAUAUUCGAGAACGACAUGUCGUGGAGCGUUGCCGACUAAGCGGAAAAAAGAAACUGUACUUUUUUAACUUUUAUUUUAUUUUGCUAAUAUGAUUAUGGGGGUUUAUUUUAAUUAAAUGUUUUUUUUUUAAUUUUAAAUUUGGGUGGGUUUGAUCAAAAUGAGGGGCUUUUUUGGGUCUGACAAAAGGUAGGAGUAGAAAAAGAAAAAGAAAGUGGGGGUAGUGUUGGUAGUGUGGGGCAGAAAGUGGGAGUGCAAAAACAGUCUUGUGAUGGCAGGCUUUGAGUACAUCCAAAGAAAAAAUCACCCUCAAAAUUCUUGUUAAUUGUUUUCCUUUCCCCCAACCCGACAUAUUUUUU